GAGAGAAAGAGAGAGAGAGAGAGAGAGGGGAAGAAAUAGGGAGAAAAGAACGGGGCAGUGACAGAGUGAAGGGGCGAGAGAAGAAGAGGCAUCUGCUCUUCAAACUACACAUCGGAGGACGACUUCACGCCGAGCAUCAUCAUCAUUUGAAGUUAAAGUGGAGUGUCUGUCUGCUCGCCAUGGCCCCUCGCUCUCUGUUGAUGGUGCUGAUGGUGGUUGCCAUGGCAACUGCGGCCCGUUCAGCCAGCGAGGAGAAUGAACUGGAUUAUGGGUACUGGAACUACAGAGAGGGAGCUGACAGUGUGAAUGUGGCCUCAGUGCGCAGUGUGACCAGAGUUUUAGACGCCUGGGGAAAACGCAUCUUCAAUGAGAUCAAGACUUUACUGCACUCUCAGCCCAGCACACUGCUGCCUGACUACUCCAGGGUGCGCCCUCUGUCCGAGUCCGUCAACGACCUGUUCAGAGAAGUGUCCCUUCUGCGCCGGCGCAUCACCGAGCUCUCUCAUCGCCUAGCAACCCUGGAACCGUUCCUCCGUCACCACGGCUACCGGGAGGAGGGGGCGGAGGAGGAGGGCCGGGCUCUGGCACCUCAGAGCCUGAGAGGAGAGGUGGCGAGCCUGGCCCGGUACCGCCCCAGGACCGCGGCGAGGGCCAGUCCGCCGAGGGGGAGCCGGGUGGUGAGGAGGAGACGGGUGAGGGUCCUCAAGAACGGGGGAGUGAAGCUGGUUCAGAGAGAGAGAUAGACACACUGAUGGGGAGAAGAGUGGGGGGAGAUUGUGACAGAGAGAGCUUCUGCAAAUAUUAUAUAAUGUAAGAAAUCAUUUAACUGUGUAGAUUUAAUGUAAAAUAACAAUAUAGACACUGCUUGUCCUGAGUGAUGCUAUGUAUUAAUCAUAUCUUUAAAUAAACUCUUGUUGACUGUU